UAAGCUGACAUUUUGCCAGCUCGGUUCGAUUUCGUUUGGCAGAUGUAAUAUAAUGAUGUAUUGAUUGAAAUUUAAUGAAAUAUUGUGGUGUAUGAAUGAAGUAACUUGUGUUUAUCAUAACAUCUUGGAGUUUAUUUUUGUGUUAAACAUUUCGUGCGUUUACGAUAAAAUAUGGCAUCCCGCGGUGGUGUAAUGGUAACAGGAACGAACGGAGCUGAUUUCGAACAUCGGGAAAAAAUAGCGAUACAGUAUCAAUUAAGUGCACUGAAUAAAUCAAGACUUAAAUACUGCGUGUUCUUUCAACAUGUGCUGUUCAUUGUAAUGGUGGCCAAGCUCUCCGCUGAUAUACUUGACAAACUUGAUAUUUUCAUACUGGAAAUUGAAGAACUGCAAAUACCACCGCCCCUUUGGUGGGAGUACAUCUGGUGCCUGUCACUACUCCUGUCUUUCCUCGCCCUGGCAGCUAUAAAACGAAACAACAUUACAAAUUUACGAAGAUAUAUGUAUGGGAUAGUUUUCUUAGGCUUCGGUCCACUGUUAUAUGGCCUUGUUUACUACUGCGGAGAUGUUUGGAGGUACUUAACAAAAGAUGAAGAUGAAGACACCUCAGAAAUGGAUAUUGAGUUAUGGCAGGACUUCCCGUACGGCUUGUUGUGGUAUGCAUUUAUAUUUCUCGCGUGUCAAGUACAUUUCUUCCAAUUGUACUUCUGUACUGCGCUGCUGAAGGCGUGGCGGGCGCGGGGAGCGCUCAGGAAGUCUGACUAAAUAUUAUUAAGUUUUCUUUUUUAUAUCUAUGGAGUUGUCACUAUUGUUCAUUGUUGAAUUUAGAUUAUUUUAUGGACAAAUUGUUACAAAGUUAAACUAGACACGUGAUUUUAUUUAGGAAAACAGUGGAAAAUAAUAAUCAUAGUAAUUAAUUUUGAUGUUUACGUUUUGUGUGUAACCGAUAAUUUGGGACUUAUGUUAGUUUAUAAUCGGACUAGGAGUCAAAUUGUGAAGCUGUCAGUUUACAAUAUGCCUAGUAAGAUAAAAAAAGUUCACACUCUUAGUAUAUCGUACGAGGUACUUGUUUUUUUUUAGUAUCUCUAUCCACUCCAAAUAGUUUAAAAAG